AUGGCGGGUGCUAUCUCUCGCGAAAGGCUCCUCCAGCUGACAAAGCUGCAAACCAGUAUCUUCUCACAGACAUUCAACCCCGAGCGGCUACGACUGGGCAACAAAAUCCUGCGGCAGCGUCUGAAGGGUCCUGCCCUUGCUGCGUACUAUCCUCGAAAGUCCACUACCAUCAACGAUAUGCUACGACAAUUCAAAGACAAGUUUGGCCUGUCAGGGUGGAAUGAGGCUGAGGAGGAUCGGCUGGAGAGUAUUCAGAUCGCCAAAAUUCGUGGCAAGGGUGCACCAAAGAAGAUCAGAACAGCCGAUGGCAGCAAGAAGAAUAAGAAGAAGGGUGGGAAGAAGUGA